AUGAGGCUCCGGCUCCUCGCCCUGCUCUCUAUCCUCCUCCUGGCCCUCCAGGUAAUCUUAGGGAAAGGCGUAAAGGAAACCAGGACCAGCCACAUCAGCAAAGCCAAGACAGAGGAAAUGAAAACUCCCAACAAGACUCAGGUGGCACAUGGAAGUCAGUCACAAAAACGCCUCCCCAAAGGCCAGUUUGUCAGCCCCAACAGGGCAGUUUGUAGGUGGGCGGUGACUGAGCAGGAGAAGGGCAUUGCCUUGAAGGUUGCGUGUGCCCAAGAGUUCACCAGGUUCUCCUGUGUCUUCACCGGCAAUCCCAAUGCCUGCCUGGAGCUGAACCAUAGAAAGACAUACUGGAAACAAAUCCGACGAAACCUGCGCUCUCAGAAGGCCAUCUGUGAGGAUGAUCAGAGUGCACUCGAAGCCCAGGUGUGCAGAAAGAACUUUCCAGCAUCCAGCCUAAAGCUAGUGAACUCCACCCUGAUUAGGAACAAGCCAUCCAGACAGGAGCACAGAGCAUCGUCUCCCAGGAAACAGACAACAGUCAAUGAGAGCACACCCUCGAAAGCAGCCGAGACACAGCCUGGGGCCACCAAAGACCCCCAGUGUAUGGAGGACCCAGAUUUGGUCACCCAGAGAAAGGUGGCCUUAGAGUACUGUGGGGAAGCCUGGAGCUCACUCUGCCACUUCUUCAUUGCCAUGUUCCAGGGCAGCUCAUGCUAG